AAUGCUUUACGCAUUUGAAAACAGAAUUUAUGCAUUUGAAAAAAUAAUUACGCGGGUCCGGAUCUGACCUCGAUCCACAAUCAUACCCGCCCGAACGGUCGACUCGUCGUCUGCAGAUGCGGAGUGAUUUGUGUACAAAGUACUGGUGUUGGGAACUUGAAAUAUCGACCGGAGAGAACAAGGAAAACGAAGCUCAUAAACCCUAAAACUUUCUGGAAGCCAUUUAUGGUCUCUGUAGUAGCUUCAAUCAGAGGCCGUAUCAAUCGCGGAUUUCUCAAUGUUUUCACAAAAAGGGACUCUGUCUCUAUUCGAUUCGAUUGUCUAGUUCAAAAUGAGACAAAAUUGUCUACCUUGAUCGCGGCCCCAUUCGUGGAGUCCCUUCAUUACAUGACCGAUUCUUCACACCACAGAAACUGUAGGGCUGUGACACCACCGUGCAAAUAUUAUACUUCUCUUUGUUGCAAAUAUUAUACUUCUCUUUGUUUUUCAUCAGUGCAAAAAUUUGAUAGAUUAAAUCACCAAGCCAGGUACAUGAGCAAUGCAUCCAUUGAGUUAAGUAUGGACAGAGAUGUUGUCAGGUUUUCUGUUAAUAAGCCUUCUGAUAAGAAUUCUUCUCCUACGCAUGGGAAGAAGAAAACAACCAAACGGAUCAAAAUGUCUAGGAAAGCCAAACGGAAUGAACUCAGGUUUUACCGACUGAAAGCGAAAAAGAAGAUGAAUUCUCCAAACCCAGAAGUUAGAAUUCGAUACAAGCUCGAAAAGGCCAAAAGAAAGGAAGCAUGGUUGAUUGAGAAGUUGAGGAAAUUUGAGAUUGCCAAAGUUCCUGAAGAAACACAGGAUCCUGAAAUGUUAUCUGAGGAGGAGAGGCAUUUUCUGAAGCGUACUGGUGAGAAAAAGAAAAACUAUGUUCCAGUUGGGAGACGAGGGGUGUUUGGAGGUGUUGUUCUCAAUAUGCACCUCCACUGGAAGAAGCAUGAAACUGUGAAGGUUGUUUGCAAGCCUUGCAAGCCGGGGCAGAUUCAUGGAUAUGCUGAAGAGCUUACUCGCCUGAGCAAAGGCAUUGCGAUUGAUAUAAAACCUAACAAUACUAUUAUAUUCUAUCGAGGGAAGAACUAUGUGCAGCCAGAAGUUAUGUCCCCUCCAAACACCCUGUCUAAAGAUAAGGCCUUAGAGAAAUAUAGAUACGAGCAGUCACUUGAGCAUACAAGUGAGUUCAUUGAGAAGUUAGAGAAAGAGCUGGAAGAAUAUCAUAAGCAUGUUGCUUUGUACAAGAAAGGGAAAGAGGAUGCAACGAAAUACUCUAUAGUUGGUACAUGAUGGUCUUAGAAGAAUGCAUUGACUCAGGAAUUCGUGAAUGUUGGUAGAGGUCUAACAUGAGCUUUCUGCUACUGUCAAGAAAGCAAUUGGGAUAUGCUGAUAUCAAGCAAUAUACUCAGCUGAAGAAUUAGCAUUGUAGAUAAUGCACCAAUUGACGAUAUAAUUCCCUUUUCUGCAAGUUAUUUAAUGACGAUGCAUGAAGAUCAUGUGUCUAUGAUGAAAGUUUUCUGAGAAAUCUAUGGAUGAUGUUUUUUCUUUCUCCUAGUGGCAAAUCCAUAAUUGCAGCAAGAAGAAUUUUUCAUGGGGAAAAUGACGAUUUGAAGGACAAGACUCCUAUUUGCUGCUGAUACCGAGUUAUUCUGGGGGAGUAGGAACUAUUGCAUUUGGUAUUUCUAAGAUGAAGUUUAGGCAAUGGAUAUAGCUUCAUUUAUUAUUGGCUGACUGCCACAAUUUCAAUGAUUUUGUCACUGUGUUCAUGUUUCUCCAUUUUUCUACCGGGUGCAUCCUUGCUACACAAUGGGUAUCUUUCAUCCUCUUAUUGAAGCCUCAAACUUUACAUUUUCACAGAUUGAGAGCCGAUCAUAAUAGGAUGGAAAUGCAACCUGAUGUAAAUGUAGGAUUGAUAUAAGUAGAACCUCAUUACUGUUUUGUUUGGCAUGCAUUUUAUUGUUUUCUUGGUCUGGAAUUUUCUUUGGUUUGUUCUUGGCUAAAGAAUAUGUUGUUAUGUCAGUUUGACUUAUGUCUCACACUCUCACUGUUGAGUGCUUUAUUGGUUGAAAUGGAAUGUGGCUGAAUGUUUUUGUUGACAUCAUCUGUGAAAGUGAUCAACAAGGGCCUCAAUGAGUGAUCAACAUUACUGUAUGUCAAACCCUUUUCUGCAUUAAGUUGAAGGGAUAUAUGGUUGUGUUUGACAUUGUGAUUAUUUGUCAGGUAAACGAUGCUUUAGCAUAUGUUUAGGUGCAAUUAAUUAUGUUUCUUUGUGCAAAUAAACUAUGGUUGAUAUUGGGAUCAAGGAUCUGUUCCUUUUUUUUCAAUGUUCUUCCACUUUGGACGUUGUCUUUUAUUUCCUCUCUCUGCAGGUUCUUCCUUUUGUGAACAAAAGGCAUAUCAAAAGUAAGAUUCCUUGAACUUGAAGAGCCCCACUCUGCCCUAGAUAAAUGUUCUCAACGUUUUUCCUAUGUGCAGCAGCUCAAGAAACGUCAUUAGUUUCUACCAGAAGUUGGAGAUGUGUAGCAGUUCUAUUCAGAGCUCUAAGCCAUUAGAAAUGGACUGCCAAAUGCUUCAUCGUUAUUUGUCUGGAAAUGCAUUAAUCAACAACCAAAAGCUAGUCCAGGUCUUCAUCAACAGGACAGACUUACAGACAUGUUCGCUACGGCAGCCUAUCUUCACGAGUGAACCCCAGGAACGUGAUGCUGAGAUUAUUAGGCACUUACUCUAUGGUGGGAACAUAAAUCUCAAUAUUUUCAUUGAGAUUGUAUGCACCUGAACGUCCCUGAAGCUGCAGUGUAUUAAGCAGGCCUACUGUUCUCGAUGUAAUUCUGAUACAGAGCAGGAUGUGAACCUGAAAACCAGUGGUGGAUUCAAAGAGAUUCUGCUGGCAGUUUUGGAGUCGGGUCGUAGCUACAACGGCAAAGUGAACAUAAGCAUGGCAAUGUGUAAUGCCAAUACUUUGUAUGAAGCAGUACAAAGUGGGAUAACCAUAGACCAGAAGACAAUCAUAUCACUACCAGGGCAGAGAAACACUGAUCAAGUUAAAGGACAUUUUAGGGUCUUAUAAGCAACUCUAUGGCCAUGAGUUCCCCAGGUCAAUCAAGCAAAGCAAAUAUGAACAAUUAGGGAAGGACCUUGGAAUUGUAAUCCGAUGCAUAUACAAUAUCCGGAGUAGUUCUUUGCAAAACAACUGAGAAUGAUGAAUGCAGAUUAUCAAGAGGUUCUGAC